CACAGAUAGUCUAAGAUGUAUGCUGUCUUUAGCGCUUCAGUGACCAUAAAAAGAAAUCCAGGGCUCUCCUGCAUAAUUCACUGACCAAUAGGUGAGUGGUUGCCUGGAGGGCGUUCCUUAAUAGCCCCCGAUGGAUUCCGCCAUGUCUCACCGGUAAGGCCCCUGGGUGGAGUGCAUAUAAGCCAGAGCAUCCACCUCCGUCUUACAUCUAUCUGCUGUCAAUCCGCUGUCAUAUUCAUUGUCAUUACUUUCCUUUGUAUAUCGUGCAACAACAACCCUAUGGGCAGAGUCAGCCACCCAACUGGAGGGUAUCGGGAUGACCCUGACGCCGUAUCCCUCCACACCACACCAGAUGAUUACAGUUACGAUGAUGCGCCUGAGAUAUCCGGCCUACCGCCUUCUUACGAGGACAGUGAAGCCGGCAGUUCUGCAGCCGUAGUUCCCAUCAGACACCUCCCUCCACCAACGACGCGAACCAACCACAACAACCCUACCUUCAAGCAUGGCAAGCCCUAUGUAUGCGAGACAGUCGAUUACAUGGACCCUCGCUACGACACAGACGCCGUCUUCCUCGAAGCCGCCAUCCGCUCAUGCGCCCAAGUCGCUCCUGUUCCUCUCAUAUACAUCAUGGGCACGCAUAAAGAAGCGAUCAAGAAGGGUGACAAAAAGAACACGCAAGAAGUCACAGACUUCCGUAUUGUGAUAAACAUGCAACGCUACCUGCGCAGGGACUUCGACCCCAACGACACCUCGUCCAUGAAUCUUGACACAGUUGACAACGGCGAGAAAACGCACCGCGGCACAAUCACAAAAGUGCGCGCUCCAGGCGUCAAGCAAGACAUCGAGGUCGGCAGCGGCCAGAAGCCAUCCCUCACAGAAUGGUGCCAUCGGUACUGCGCGUCGCCGCGCAUGCUGCGCACCUUCCGUCUGCGCCGCGUCGUGACUGGUUUCGAUGAAACACACGUGAAGAACCGACUCGAUGGCGUGAUCCGAAGCACAAACUACCGCGGUCACAUCUCCAUCACCUUCCCCGUCGAAGACAAAAACGUAGACUUUCACACCUCGAAUCGCAUCAACCAGUGGCGGCUGAAGGCGUGGGUGUGCUGGUUCUUUUACCUCACAUUCCUCUGGAUAUUCACGUGGCCAUACCUCUUCUUCGCGACGAAGCGCUACGCUGUCGUGCGGGCAGAGUGGCCCUUCUCGGCUGUCGAUGCAAAUGGACGAAAGACGUAUAAGACUGUGACUGAAGAACAGUGGUUUGAAAAAUGGCACGUUGCUGUGCGUCGGCUGGCGCUGGACAGGUAUCAGGGUGAGGCGAACGAGGAGAUGAUGUCUGGUGUCAUUGCGAGACCGGAGGAUCCGCCUAUGCCCGGAACUAUCAGGACAGGCCACGAAGGCGUUGACACUGCAGUAGGGUUUUUGACGCAAGGGUUCCAGGUCGCGAGGGCGAUACAAGGUGGGGGUCUGGGAGGAGGUGUCCAAGGUGGCUGGGGCUAUGAUUGCUAGGUGUUUGCUGCCUGCCUCUCUUUAUGGUCUUGUGCGUUCAGAGCGUCUCGAUCGCCUUUCUUCUCAUGUGCCGAUGUCCUUUAUUACAGACUGCUUUUCAUGGAGUGACAAACAGUGGCUCUAUCAUUUUAAUCUAUAAGAGACUAUGAUCACAACCGGGUUUGUAUUUUCUGUAACUUGGUUUGAGGUCCGAGAAUAUAUUCGGCCAAGGGCGACUGCUUGUAAAGUCUAUGUACAUCUCGUUCACCACAAAUCCCCAUCAAAAUCUACCAGAACAAAAGCUCACAGCCCCAGUCACC